CAUCUCCCACGUCCUCGAUUUUUCCAGAAUUUCCGGUUUUGUCCCGGAAAGAUAUUUCGAUUUUUUCUGAAAGGGAAAAAAGGAAUUAAAAAAAAUCGAGAAAAUGAGGUGUCUGGUUCAGUCCCCAAGUCGCGACUUACGAAACCUUGCCGUCACCAGCGUCAGCCGCCGGCGAAUGAGACUCCACCAAUUCCGUUUUCCUUUUUUGUUUGCUUUACCGUGGGCGGGUGGUUAUUGCGUAUUCCAGCGUUAACCGCCGCCGCCUUCUCUGUUGAGGGGUUUGAUUACGUAGACGUAAUGAUGUAUCUGCGCGUAAAAAGUUUGAACACUCACUUUUUCCUUCUGCAUGAAGGCUCGGGGUUGGAUUCCGGCGACAACGGCGGCAUUUUUUUCUCCCCACUUCUUUGACCUAAUUUCAAAGCGGAAUUUCUGGUUCCGGCCAGUCCCGUUCGUCGAAUUUGGUGGGAAAUGCUACGGGUAGGAAGCCCGCGGCAGUUAUGGUGGGCUGGUCUUUGUUCCGGGAACAAGUUCAGUAGCCGUCGGAAUUCUCAAUCAAGCUUCCACAGGAAAUUGUCCGAUCUUGCUACUAAACGUCCCACAAACGCUAGAAACCCCAACACCCUGCUCCUUUCAUUCCAUGGAAGAAACCCUAAACCUUUAGAUACAAGGAGCUCAACUGCAAUCAUGACGGUUAUCCCGAAGAUCUCAAUUAACGAUGGGAACCUGGUGGUUCAUGGGAAGACCAUCUUGACUGGAGUGCCUGAUAACAUUGUGCUCACGCCUGGUUCAGGAGUUGGGCUGGUGGCCGGCGCUUUCAUCGGUGCUUCUGCAGAAAACAGUAAAAGCUUGCAUGUCUUUCCCGUCGGUGUUCUUGAGGGUCUGCGAUUUAUGUGCUGUUUCCGAUUCAAGCUGUGGUGGAUGACCCAGCGAAUGGGAACAAACGGGAAAGAUAUUCCAUUGGAGACCCAAUUUCUGCUGGUGGAAAGCAAGGGUGGUGGUGAAGGAGUUGAUCAAAAUGAUGGCGAGACCAUUUAUACCGUGUUCCUGCCUCUCCUGGAAGGACAGUUCCGCGCUGUACUUCAGGGGAAUGACAGGAACGAGCUGGAGAUUUGCUUGGAGAGUGGGGAUUCAGCUGUUGAAACCAAUCAGGGUCUUCACCUUGUCUACAUGCAUGCUGGGACCAACCCAUUUGAAGUCAUCAGCGAGGCUGUAAGGGGUGUUGAGAAACAUAUGCAAUCAUUUGUACAUCGAGAGAAGAAAAAGUUGCCUGGUUUUCUCGACUGGUUUGGUUGGUGUACCUGGGAUGCAUUUUACACAGAUGUUACAGCUGAGGGUGUUGAGGAAGGCCUCAGAAGCCUAUCCAAGGGAGGUACUCCUCCACGUUUUUUGAUAAUAGAUGAUGGUUGGCAACAAAUUGAAAACAAAGACAAGGAGGAGAAUGCAGUUGUACAAGAAGGAGCACAAUUUGCCACUAGGCUCACUGGGAUACAGGAAAAUGCAAAAUUCCGAAAGAGCCAUGAAAAGCAUGAGGAGUCUAGAGGGUUGAAGCAUGUUGUGGAAGAUGCCAAGCAACAUCAAAAUGUCAAAUAUGUCUAUGUGUGGCAUGCUUUGGCUGGGUACUGGGGUGGAGUGAAGCCAGCAGCUACCGGGAUGGAGCACUAUGACACUGCUCUCGCAUAUCCAGUUCAGUCCCCGGGUGUUCUAGGGAACCAGCCAGAUAUUGUCAUGGACAGCCUUUCAGUUCAUGGCCUUGGCUUGGUGCCUCCAAGGAAAGUUUUCAACUUCUACAACGAGCUGCAUGCUUACUUGGCAUCCUGCGGUGUAGAUGGAGUCAAAGUGGAUGUGCAGAACAUUAUCGAAACACUUGGUGCUGGCCAUGGUGGAAGAGUUUCUCUUACACGCAGCUACCACCAAGCUCUUGAGGCUUCGAUAGCACGUAACUUCCAUGAUAACGGUUGCAUCGCUUGUAUGUGUCACAACACUGAUGGGCUCUACAGUGCCAAACAGACCGCUGUAGUCAGAGCUUCGGAUGAUUUCUACCCCCGCGACCCUGCCUCCCACACGAUUCAUAUCUCUUCUGUGGCAUACAACACUCUUUUCCUUGGAGAAUUUAUGCAGCCUGAUUGGGACAUGUUUCAUAGUUUACACCCAGCUGCAGAUUAUCAUGGAGCAGCCCGAUCAAUCGGUGGAUGUCCAAUCUACGUCAGUGACAAGCCAGGCAACCACAACUUCGAGCUGUUGAAGAAGCUUGUGCUCCCUGAUGGAUCAAUUCUACGUGCUCAGCUUCCUGGCAGGCCUACUCGUGACUGCCUCUUUGUUGAUCCAGCAAGAGAUGGCACCAGUUUGCUCAAGGUAUGGAAUGUGAACAAGUGCACUGGUGUGGUUGGUGUUUUCAACUGCCAAGGUGCUGGUUGGUGCAAGGUUGAGAAGAAGACCCGCAUUCACAACACAUCUCCUGGUACGCUUACUGCUUCAGUCCGUGCCACGGAUGUCGAUUCAAUUGCCGAAAUUGCUGGCGAUGAUUGGAAUGGCGAGACCAUUGUCUACGCUUAUAGAUCAGGGGAGCUGUUUCGCUUGCCUAAAGGCGCUUCAGUUCCAGUGACACUCAAAGUUCUGGAAUACGAACUCUUCCAUUUCUGCCCUGUCAAGGAGGUAACUUCAAACAUCUCUUUCGCGGCGAUUGGCUUGCUCGACAUGUUCAACUCGGGCGGGGCAAUGGAGCAGGUUGAAGUGAAUAGGAUGACACCGACAACAGCUGCAACCAUUUCUCUCAGAGUCCGAGGCUGCGGAAGGUUCGGCGUCUACUCGUCUCGGCGCCCUGUGAAAUGCAGUGUGGCGAAUGUGGAGACCGAUUUCGACUACGACUCGGCCACAGGACUUGUGACGGUGAAUCUGCCUGUUCCAGAAGAAGAGAUGUAUAGAUGGCCCGUCGAGUUCCAAGUUUAAGAGUUGCAUUGUUUUGUUGAUUGGCUAGCUGUUUGAGGAUUGAAAAUUGAAGAUUAAGAGCCCCAGAAUUUCAGCCAUCGAUUUGUCACUGACUGAGAGAUGUGCUGAUUUUAGUGUACUGUAAUGUAAUGCCCAUGUGUUGCCUACCAAUGCUUGAAGCGAAGAGUAAUAAGAAAGGCUUCUGUCUUUGCUAUGUAAUCAGCGGGACGCAAAACGUUUCUGUUUCUCAAACCAAAAGAGAAACGUGUGGCAGAACCGUGGAACCGCUAUAAGAAACGCAAAACGGACUGGAGGAAGGCUGAAACAAUGACCUGUUUUGCAUUCUGAAAUUAAAACUGAAUCGUGGUAAAUUGGCGAGAAAAGGGAAAUGGAUGUGGGCCUAUUAGGCUAGUAGUUACUGCUCCUUCCUCCACUUUCUAAUGAGGUCUAUUGGGCCUAAUUUGUAAGCCGAAGAUAGUGGGCCAAAUAUGGGGGCUUCUUUUCAUACUGUCACGGACAUAG